AUGUUUGAGAAACUGACCGCUCGCCUCGACCCCUCGCUUCCCAAGGGAGUCGUUUCUCGCUUCGUCGGGCUUAAUUCGCCUUCUACGGGACGAUUCCCCACCGGCCAGCAUCCAUGCCAGGGCAUGUACUACCAUCUCGAAAACACGACUCCGUCGGUUGCCAUCAUGUUCUCCCACUAUUCCGCCGACUUCACCGAGCAUUAUCUGGCCGGUCCCUUGGCGGCCCAGGGGUUCGGCGUCCUCGGCUGGAACACGCGAUACCGCGGUUUUGAAGACAUUUUCAUCCUGGAGAAAGCCAUUGAGGACAUUGGAGUUGGCACCGAGUGGCUGAAGAAGGAAGCCGGAGUCAAGAAGAUUGUCUUCAUCGGCAACUCGGGCGGCGGGUCACUCAUGGCUGCUUUUCAUGGCACGGCCCAAAACGAUCCCUCCCUGGUUGCAGCCGAUGCCUUCAUCUUCUUGAACGCGCAUCCCGGACGACCUGGCGUCAUGACCAAGAUGCUUGAUCCUUCCGUCAUUGACGAAAAUGACCUCCUGAAGAGGGAUCCAUCCUUGGACAUGUACAACCCUGCACACAAAAUUCCAUAUUCGCAGGAAUUUAUUAAACGCUAUCGGGCUGCCCAGAUUGAGCGCAAUCACCGCAUCACGGCGUGGGCUAAAGCGGAGUUGAAGCGCCUGAAUGAUGUUGGUAUCCCCGAUCGUCUCUUUUCGCUGCAACGCAGCGUGGCAGACCUUCGGUUCACAGACACGACUAUAGAUCCCUCGGAUCGGCCGGCGAAUGCUUGCUUUGUCGGGGAUCCUGAGCUUGCCAAUCGUGAUUUUCCCCUUAUUGGGCGUACGAGUUCUUUGAAGACUUGGCUGUCAAUGUGGAGCUUGUCGGAGUCGAAGACCAAGCUGGAGGUUUAUGCGGGAGCCUUCCGGGUUCCUACCCUAGUGGUUCAAUGUUUGCACGAUACAGGCGUUUACCCUUCUGAUGCUCGCGACAUCUUCGAUAUGGUGGUUUCGGAGGACAAGGAACUGAAGUUUGUGUCUGGCAGCCAUUUCUUCGAGAAGGUGGAAGAUCUGAAGGUCGCAGUGGCGUUGAUGACCGAGUGGGUGCAGAAGAGGACCUAA